AUGGUUCUCCUCCUCGUUGGAGGAAUAUCCUGUGACCUCAUGGACGGGAUAACGCCAUGUGAUAACAAUGUUCCGCUUCCACUUGAUGUUUAUGUCUACGGUUGUGACAGUCUUCCUUGCAUUGUUCACAACGGCGAUACCGUGUACUUCGAGAUGGAUUUCCUUGUCCACGAAUUCACUCCAAUCUUGACGGCGAAUGUUUCAAUAGUUCUUGGACCGCUCCAAAUCCCAUUUGCACUUCCCGAAGAAGAUCAAAAUGCUUGCAAUGGCCUUAUUGGUGAUAUUCGCUGUCCUGUGUUUAGCGGCGAUGUCCCCCGAUAUGGUCUUGGCAUGAAGGUCGAAGCCCCCGUUUCCGGCGUCACUGUCGUCUUGGAAUUUUGGCUCGAAGAUUACAAUAGAAAGCGCGUAGUGUGCUACAGACGUGAGCAGAGAGUCGAUCGUCCACGUGCCAUAAAUCAUGAAGAAUGA